AUGGGGCAGACAUGUUGUGCAGACGAGCCGGGCGACACCCCAGGGACUUUGACAGUCUCCGUACCGGCAUCCACUGCGCCCCCAGGAACGUUAAUGAGCAGCCUCCGCGGGCACUGGACUCGAAAGGAGGACCGAAUGGCCUUGGGCACGAUCUCUGCCAACAGCAUGGACUGGGAGUCUCCAUACCAGCACCAGCCGAGCACCAUGUGGGAGGCGGGCCCUGAGACAGUCAAGAUGAUCUUGGCCGGCAAAGAGUACUCUGGAACGGUCUCGUUGAGCGAGAAUCCAAUAACGAUCCUCUGGGAGGACGGGGAGGUAUGGACCAAAACACCAUCAUGA